AUGUCAUUUGACUGGCUAAAUGUGCCCGGUAUGGGUGUUGAUGAUAAGUACCAAGAUUCAGUGGGUGCUGCACCGCCACCUCCAUCCGUCUCUUUCAACUUCGGUGAUGAUACCACCAAUCUAGAUAGAAAUGCGCAGUCUGCAGAGAACAGAACAAAUGGCCAGGACCCUCCUACUCAUAAAUCUCCAAAGCCCAUGGUGCAAAACUACAAUCAAGGGGGCAGUUCUAAUUCUCUCAAUAUGGUGCGUGACGACGUCUCUAGUAAUGCGCUACAAGGCUCUAUGAGUCGAAGUGGCAAUAUGUCCGACACACAAUUGGUUUCGUACGUGGAAACUCCAGAAGAUUUACGAGUGCCAUUGUCUUUAUCCGCUAAUCAAUUAGAUCAAAAUGAAUUUAAAACGUACAAACGAUGGUAUAACUACUUGUCUUCAAAGAGACGAUCAACGUCGAUUCGUUUAGAAGAGGAUAUCUUCACCUUCCUCGCCAACUUUUGUAUUAGUGAUAUGAUCAAGGAACGAAUCAAAUGCAUAUUUAGAACAUGCCAAAUGUCAGUUAGUAUGGGCCAAUUCUUUGCUAUCUUAAGAACUGUAUCACAUGCCCUACAAAGCAACAGUCUGCCUACGAGAAAACUGAUAAUAGUUAAAGCACCAGUACCCAAUCCAAAGUCGAUUUUAUCAAUGGAGGCUGGACAGGAAACUUAUGAAGAAGUGGAAGAAGAUCCGAAGUAUGAUAUUGAUAACAAGGUAGACUUUGAUAGUUUUGCUUCUUUAUUAUUAACAGGUAAAACUGUGAGGAAAAACAUCAGAAGAAAGAUUAACAAGCGUUCAGGGAAAGUGAAAAAGGUGACAUUCUCCGAAAAUCUAGUAACCUUCCAUGAAGAAAGACACCUAGAAGAUGAGGGUACUUGUUUUGAUGAGAAAUCUAGAGAAAAGAACGGUGAUGAAAGAAGGGAAAACGCUAGCCCAAGCGGAGAUGAGCCAUUGGACUUUUCGUUGCCCAUGGAUCAGUUGUUGAAGAAGAUGGCAGUUAGAAAGAAAAACAAUACUGCGUUGGUUUCGGAGCCUCCCUCGCAGCCAGAAACUGCUGAAGAGAUGGAGGAACUAGCGGAUAUGAGAGAUUCUUUGAACCACUUUAAGCAUAUUCAAACUGCCGAUAACGUUACUUUGGGUGGUUUUGCUAAUCAAUUCAUGUCUUCGAUGGGAACACAAUCCUUGGACGAUCUUAAUGGAGCUGCAGUCAUAGAACCUCUAAAACCCACUGCAACAGGUUCUGCAAACUACCUGUUCCGAUCUCAGAUGUCUAACAACGUUGAUCCGCUAGAAGGACAGCAAGUUUUGGAGCGCCUAAAUCCUACUGCAACAGGCUCCGCUAAUAGGCUAUUUCGCACUCAAAUGGAAGCUAUGAUGAUGCCAGGCCACUUGAAUUCUGUCAAUAGUCAGCAACACCAGCACCAGCACCAGCAACAACAACAACAACAACAACAACAACAACAACAACAACAACAACAACAACAACAACAACAACAACAACACCACCAGCAACACCAGCAGAAUUUUGUGCCGUUAAAACCAACGGCAACAGGCUCCGCGAACUACUUGAUGAAACAGCAAUUCUCACCGCCCAUAAACACAACACAUCCAGCAACCGUCAUUACCACCCCUUCCCUACAAAUACAAGAUUCAGGACAUAUAACGGCUCCUUCUUCAAUCGGUGGCCCCCCUUCUGAACUUCAGGCCCCCAAGCAUUCCCCCCAGAACGCCAAUAACAUGCUAAACGUCAUGAACGGGCCUGUGCCGUGUUACAUCUCCCCCCAGAACUCCAACGGGAUGCUUAAUGUCCCAGAUCCGAACUCUGGUAAAUAUUUCAACCCACCAUUCCAAUCCCCGGUCUCCCCAAACCUCACUCCUCAACACACGUCCCAGGUACAUUACCAGUCUGCCGGUCCGCCGCCGCGUGCAAAUCCAUACCUCAUAGCACAUCCCCAGCCCCAGUAUUCUCAGGGCUUUGUUCCAAACAUUGCCACUCCCCAGCAUAACUCCCGCAUCUUCUCUGCGGGCCACUAUCUCACUCCACAGCAGACCUUCUCACCACCGUCGUUACAUUCUCAGAGCCAGCAGCACACAAACCCCCUCUUACAGCCCCACCCUCUUGGCAAUUCUACCCCUGCCAACCCACCACCCUCUAGAGACAUUCUAGGUGACCUGAGAGCCUUGCAGCAACAGGUAGAUAGUAUCCAUAAUGCCUAUAACAGGCGAUAA